CAACAAACUAUAAAUACUGAAGACAAACCCUAAACCUUCCUCAGCAUAGAUAGACACGUCACUCAGUUCCGCACUCUGCCUCAAGAGAAGAGCCCACGGCUUCGGCUUUGGCUUCUUUGUAUUUCUGGGUUGAAGACUGAAAACUCUCAUCUUGAGAAGCCAUGGCUCUGGUUUUGCAUGCCUCUAGUACAAACAAGAAUGCCUUUAAGGCACUUAUUGCUGCAGAAUAUAGUGGUGUAAAGGUUGAACUGACAAAAGAUUUUGAGAUGGGAGUAUCUAAUAAGACACCAGAAUUCCUCAAGAUGAAUCCUAUAGGAAAGGUUCCUGUUCUUGAAACACCUGAUGGCCCAAUAUUUGAAAGCAAUGCAAUUGCACGCUAUGUGGCUCGACUGAAGCCUGAUAACCCCCUUUAUGGCUCAUCCUUGAUCGAUUAUGGGCACAUUGAGCAAUGGAUGGACUUUUCCGCUACUGAGAUCGAUAUUAAUAUAGCGCGUUGGUUGUACCCACGGCUUGGUUAUGGUCUUUAUCUUCCUCCUGCUGAGGAGGCUGGAAUUGCCGCAUUAAAGAGAGCUCUGGAAGCGUUGAACACCCAUCUCGCCUCUAACACCUACUUGGUUGGACAUGGAGUCACCCUUGCUGACAUUGUUAUGACAUGUAAUCUGAGUAUUGGAUUUAAGGCAAUCAUGAUCAAGAGCUUAACCUCGCAAUUCCCACACGUGGAGAGGUACUUUUGGACUAUGGUCAAUCAGCCAAAUUUCAAGAAGAUAUUGGGUGAUAUUAAGCAAGCGGACUCAAUCCCGCCUGUUGCAUCCAAAAAACCUGCACAGGCAAAAGAACCUGCAAAAGCCAAGCCAAAGGAGGAACCAAAGAAGGAGGUCAAGAAAGAAGAAGUGAAGCCCAAAGAAGUAGCAGAGGAAGAAGAAGCCCCCAAGCCAAAAGCAAAGAAUCCUUUGGAUCUUUUGCCUCCAAGUAAGAUGAUACUAGAUGAAUGGAAGAGGCUCUACUCUAACACCAAGACCAACUUCCGUGAGGUUGCCAUCAAAGGAUUUUGGGACAUGUAUGAUCCGGCGGGAUACUCUCUUUGGUUCUGCAAUUACAAAUACAAUGAUGAAAACACCGUCUCAUUUGUUACUUUGAACAAGGUGAGUGGUUUUCUGCAACGAAUGGAUUUGGCACGCAAGUAUGCAUUUGGUAAGAUGUUGGUUAUUGGUUCUGAGGCCCCAUAUAAGGUAAAAUACCUCAGUUUGUGCUGGAUGAGUGUUACGAUAUGGAGCUAUAUGAUUGGACUAAGGUAGAUAUCAACGAUGAAGCACAGAAGGAGCGUGUCAAUCAGAUGAUUGAAGAUGCUGAACCUUUUGAGGGCGAGGCACUUUUGGAUGCCAAGUGUUUCAAGUGAGAUACAUAUUUCAUUAGAAACGGGUUCCCCAUAGUAUUAGGCUUAUCAAUUCCUGAAUUAUCCUUCACUUGAUCCAACAAGACUUAUGUGUUGCCGGAACAGCAUUUCAGUUUUGUAGUGUGUUCUAAAUUUACUGUUUUGCUACUUGUCAUAGUGCCUGGUAUAUCAGAGUUCCAAAACACUUUCGGAUUACAUGUUAAUUUCUGUUAAAGCUUUUUUGCUGCCAUUUGUCUAAAGAAACUGAAACUGUGAACUGUAAGCUAUCACAUGCUGCUCGCAAGUUGUGAACUAUAGAUUGAUGAUAUGUACUUGAGCACAUGGUUGAAGAAAUCCUGAAGUGUGAAUAGAUGUGCCUGAUGUGGCUAUUAUGUA